UUAGAUUCAUGUUAUUGUCUUCCAAACAUAUCACAAACCCUCCAAAAUAACCAUCAUCUUGCACUCAUUUUGCCUCACAAUCAUUCUUUUUUUGUUUACCUCAUCCGCAUGAUCAUAUCAUAUCCUCCCUCUCUCUAGUCUCUACCCACCCCCUUACUAUAUAUAUGUCUAUAUACAUACUCACUCUCCUGUACAAAUCCAUCACACUUCGAAUUUCACACACUACACACACUUACAGUUCUUCUUCGAAGCUCAGAACAUCCUAAUUCUUGAUCAUCGAAGAAAAAAAUUAUUCGAUCGAAUGGCGGUCUCCGGGUUCGAAGGCUUCGAGAAGAGAGUCGAGCUCCGAUUCUCCGGCCACGAUCCGAAGGCCGGAGAAAAGGGGCUCCGGCGGAUUGACUUCUCUAAAAUAGAGAAAGUAUUGCAUGCGGUGCAGUGCACCGUGGUCUCGGCGGUGGGCAACACGCGCUUCGACGCGUACGUGUUGUCCGAGUCGAGCCUGUUCGUGUACCCCACAAAGAUCAUCAUCAAGACAUGUGGGACCACACAGCUCCUCAAAUCCAUCCGUCCGUUGGCGGACCACGCUGCUACGGUGGGCCUCACCCUGUGCGGGUGCAGGUACACCCGCGGGAGCUUUAUCUUCCCCCACGCGCAGCCGCACCCGCACACCUCCUUCAAGGAGGAGAUUCUCUUCCUCGAGGAGAAUCUCCCCGAGAAUCUCUCCAUCAAAAAGGCGGCGGUUUUGAAAUCCAAAUCCGCCCACAAAUGGCACGUGUUCACCGCGUGCGACCCCGCUGCUGCGGUGGACGCGCGCGCAGGGGAUUAUUGCGACUCCGGGUUUUUCACGGUCGAGAUUUGCAUGACCGAAUUGGACCGGGUUCUGGCCAGGAACUUCUUCCGCCGGUUCAAGGACGGGAAAACCGGCGACUCGGCCGGUUCGGAGAUGACGGACGUGACCGGUUUGAGGGGCGUGAACCGGCACGCGCUCGUGUGCGACUACGCCUUCGACCCCUGCGGCUACUCGAUGAACGGGGUCGACGGGGCCCGCUACUCCACGGUCCACGUGACGCCCGAGGACGGGUUCAGCUACGCCAGCUUCGAGUCGGUCUACGUGGACCGGGAGGAGUUCAUCGAGGCGCUGCAGAAGGUGGUCAAGGUCUUCCGCCCGGCCGCGCUGUCCGUCUCGACCACUUGCGCGGCCGGGCGGGAGGUCUGGAGGGGGGCCGCGAAGGCCCUCGAGCCCCUGGGGCUGAGGGUCCGGAGCCGCGCGGCCGACGAGUUCCCGGACGCUGGGACCGUAGUCUUUCAGACGUUCGCGGCUCGUCGGAAGUAGGCCCGGGGUGUCCACGUGGCAUGUGAAGAUUAGUGGGCCUAGGUGGAAUUCUUUUUUCUUUUUAUUUUUUUUACUCUUUUUUUUUUGUUAGGGGAUAUGAAUAUUGAUCAUGCAUGCUAAUUGAUGUCAUUGCAUGGAUGAUGGGAUCUCAAAUGUGGGGUUGACUUUGUCUAGAAGAGAAAUGUUGGCAAAAAAAAAUAGUGAUAUAAUGAAGGAAGGAUGAUGUGGGAAUGUGGUUGUAGAUGGUAUUGGGUUCAUCAUAAUAUUGCACCCCACUUGAAUAUGGCACGCCUAGAACAAUUUUUUUGAGAUAUAAGUACUAUAUUUAUCAGAGUUAGUGGGGUUGGGGGAUCUAUGAAAAGUGCUCUAAAUAUAUGUAAUUUUUUCCAUGUUUAUAUGAACUUUCUACCAUCUCUCU